UCUGUGGUAGUGUACAUAUAGAUGUAGUUCAUCUGUUGUCCAGCGGGGGCAGUGUUGCUACAGUCAUCUAUCCUGUAGCUCAGUUCAAGAUGACAAACAGACAGCUGCCUUCCCCUAGAGAACACUGAAUAUAUUUCCUCCGCUGUUGAACAAUACAAUGACGGUCGGAGCUUCUGUUAACUUCUCCAUCCUACUGCUCCUGUUGCCAGGAGCAUUGAACAGCAGCAGAAUCUCCCAGACGCCUGCAGCAGUAAUAGUGAGGCCAAAAGAAAGCAGUAGUCUCAGCUGUAGCCAUAACACCUCAACCGUUUUCUACAUGUACUGGUACAGACGACCAGCACAGAGCAGAGCCCUCACACUAGUGGGCUACCUGUACUCAAACACAGCCAACCUAGAGACAGACUUUACCAACGAUCGCUUCGGUCUCCAAGGAAACGCAGGUAGUCGUGGAGACCUGCAGAUAUCCGAUCCUACCACAGAGGACUCUGGGGAGUAUUUCUGUGCGACCAGCUUAGCACGCUGCUCUAGAUCCUCUUCCUUCCUCUACAAAAACCCUUCUCUCUGGUACACCACACAGUUCAUAGUCUUUGACUGGCAUACACAGUGAGAACUCACUUCACUACAGGGUGUAAAUGUUUUUGGAUUACCUUGGUUAUUAGAUGUCUUCCUGUUCUAGGUUUAGGGUAUUCACAUCAUGUUAAGGAACAAAGUAGGCAGUGUAUCUUGUUGUCGUUACAGAAGUUGGGAUGAUGUCAUUUCCUGCCCAUUCCCGCUCCUCAGACAUGUCGGUGUGUUUGUAAAUGGUCACCUCAGUCAUCUCUCCACCCACUCUACAUUCACAAUUUCAUUUCAGUCAUUUAGCAGACGCUCUUAUCCAGAGCGAGUUACCGAGACAACAUGAUCACAGUUAUCAUCUGCCUCACCGUCUCCAUCGUCUUCCACACAGGUACCGUGAGGAUUUAUCUAAUCAAUGUCUUGAUGUCUUGAAAUGGAGACAGUGAGGGAGACAGUGAGGGAGAUGAUCUCAGUAAAUUACAUCCUAAAUUAUUGAAAUGUAAAUGUGACUUGAAAUGGAAAACCUUAGCACAUUUUUGGGACAAUAGUGAUUACAUUUUUUAAAUUCUUGACUGAAAUGUCUCGUUUUCUCUACUCUUCUAUUCAUUUAUCUUCCUCCUCUCUUCUCUCCCUCCUUUCUUCCUCCUCUCUUCUCUCCCUCCUCUCUUUUCUCCCUCCUCUCUUUUCUCUCUCCUCUCUUCUCUCCCUCCUCUCUUCACUUCCUCCUCUACUCUCUCUCUCUCUCCUCUCUUCUCUCCCUCCUCUCUUCUCUAUCUCCUCUCUUCUCUCCCUCCUCUCUUCUCUCCCUCCUCUCUUCUCUCUCUCCUCUCUUCUCUCCCUCCUCUCUUCUCUUCCUCUCUUCUCUCCCUCCUCUCUUCUCUCUCUCCUCUCUUCUCUAUCUCCUCUCUUCUCUCCCUCCUCUCUUCUCUCCCUCCUCUCUUCUCUUCCUCUCUUCUCUCCCUCCUCUCUUCUCUCUCUCCUCUCCUCUCUUCUCUCCCUCCUCUAUGUUCCAGGUGUGAUACAGACAGUGGAGAUCAGCCAGUGGCCCAGUUCCAUCUGUAGCCACCCCAACACCUCCAUGGACAUGCACUGUUCUCAGGACGCAGGCUAUGACUACAUGUACUGGUACAGGCACCUCCGGGGAGAGGGCCCGAAACUAAUGGCCUCGCUCGUAGGUGAAUC